AGAUGUCAAACAUGCGAAAACCGUCGGUGAUUGUGUGAGAAAAAAAUCUCCUUUUCGCCAUGGGAAAGACUUUGGAAGAAUGCUACAAGAUCCUUGGCGUGGAUUAUGGCGCAACAGAAGAUGAAAUCAAGAGUGCUUACAGGAAAAAGGCACUACAGUGUCACCCAGAUAAGAAUCCUGAUGACCCCUUGUCAACACAGAAAUUCCAGGAAUUAGGCCAUGCAUAUCGACGACUGACUGGGGAUGAAGAUGAUGAUACCGAUGAUGAUUACGAAGACUAUGACAUGGAGCUGUGGAAAAAGUUUUUCUUCUUUUUAUUUAGAGAUGACAUCAUCCAAAGAGUUUUUUACAAGUGCAGCAGAUGUGGAAGAACAGGGGAAGAAGAAGAUGAUGAUUUUCUGGCUUCCCUUGUAAAGGAGCAGGAUGAGGAGUUCACAGAAGAAGAAAUGGCUCAGUUCACAAGCUUUGCAAACCUCAAGGAACAGAGAGAUGCCAACAAAAAGAAGUUCUGUGAUCAGAGAAACCUGUCGAAUGGAAAACCAAAACAAAAAGGAAACCAAGGAAAUCAGGCAAGAAAAUAUCAAGUCUAUAUUUAUGUCAUCUUUAAUUCAUGUAAAUACUAACCUUAAAUUUAUUUUGU